AUCUAAUAAAAAUUUUCAUUUCCUAAUAUCAAUUUUUUACUAAUAAUUAUCAUCGACGAAAAUAGCAAAUUCUCCUAAAUAAUAUUUUGCACCUUCGAAUUCUUUCCCACUUUUUCUCGUAACACCUAUAGAAGACCAAGAAAUCAUUUCCCAGCUCCGACUCCGUCAGUAGGUUCCCGGAUGUCGGGAGGCAGUUUAGCUAAACCGGAAACAGCUGAGUGACGUGUCGGAGAUACCGGGAGCCAACUGGCCGUGCUGGAAUUGUGCUUGGAAAUUCAAUGAAGCUUGGAUGGUUCGUACCAUUUGCAGAAGUCAUUGGUACCAUGGACUGUCAUUGGUACAAAAUUGUCAUCGUGUAUAACGUCACGAAGACUUGACAGUAAUAGACCUGGCAUCGUGUCCAAGACAAUCUUGAAAACAUAGAGCAAGUUACUAAACAGCGGAAGUGUAGUACCGGAAGUCUUAAAGCGCAGACGAAGAAGGUCAAUCCGUCCUGAUCUGCUACCAACUGGAUACGUAACUGAGUUAUCGUGGAGGAUCUCAUCCAGUUAGGUCUACAAGACCUGGAGACGUUGAAGGAAUGGAGAAAGAAAACACGAUGCCGUCAGACAGCAUGGACGAUAUAGAGUUGAAAAAUAUUCAACUGCAGUUUCCGGCAUUACGAUAUCUCACGAGGGACGACGGCUCUGUACGCGAGGAAAGGGUUGAAACUGAUAAGGGUAGUUUGCUUGUAGCAGUUCAGGGUAAUCGAGCUAAACCUGCCAUCCUCACUUAUCACGACUUAGGCCUUAACUAUAUCUCGAGCUUCCAGGCGUUCUUCAAUUACAUCGACAUGCGCGUGUUACUCGAAAACUUUUGCGUGUAUCACGUAAACGCACCGGGUCAGGAGGAAGGCGCCCCGACGCUCCCAGAGGACUACGUUUAUCCGUCCAUGGAGGAAUUGGCAGAACAGCUGCUCUUCGUCCUGGGUCACUUUGGUCUGAAUUCGGUUAUCGGAUUUGGCGUCGGCGCAGGUGCUAACAUCCUUGCGCGAUUCUCUUUGGCGCAUCCGGAAAAAAUUAAUGCGCUGUGCCUGAUCAAUUGCGUCUCCACGCAGGCUGGUUGGAUCGAAUGGGGUUAUCAAAAAUUAAAUGUCCGUCAUCUGAGGUCUCAAGGAAUGACCCAGGGUGUAUUGGACUAUUUGAUGUGGCAUCAUUUUGGAAGAGGUACCGAAGAGAGGAAUCACGACCUUGUCCAAGUCUAUAAGAAUUAUUUCGAACGCCGUGUUAAUCCCACGAAUCUGGCGCUCUUCAUCGACAGCUACGUACGUCGCACGGAUCUGAACAUCAGCAGGGAAUUGGACCCGACCCGUAAGAAGGAGGGCCUUACCCUAGGAGUCCCAGUGAUGAACAUUACAGGGGCCCUGAGUCCCCACGUCGAAGACACCGUCACGUUAAACGGACGAUUGGACCCGACUAACAGCUCCUGGAUGAAGAUCUCAGAUUGCGGUAUGGUACUGGAGGAACAACCUGGCAAAGUCAGUGAAGCCUUCCGACUUUUUCUUCAGGGCGAAGGAUACGUGGUGAAAUCCCCGCGGAAGCCAAUGACGUCGACAACACCCGAAGUGGCUCCGCUAUCGCCAUUAAAAAUGGCCGACUACAGGCUGGCCUCCCUCGAGGGCCUCAAUCAUAUCUGCAGCAAGAAAAUCGACUGGCCCACCGCUACCAUACACAUCACCGAGAAUCCGAUAUCAGAAGCGGUCGUCUGCUAAAUACUACGUUCUAUUUGUCCAAGACACCUUUUCACCGCCAUGAUUUAUACCUGCACGAUUUAAUAUAGUGUUAAGGGGGCGACGGGACUGGGGCGGGUAGAGAUGGGAAAGACGAAUCGGUAGAUCAACUUUUUAAUUGUAGAGAAGGGAGGUAAGAAAGUAGGACUGGAGGAAGGGAGUAAAAGCAGAACGCGCAAAACAACGAAAUCGCGCACGAAUAAAAUUCGAAUGCUUUGCUGUUUUAAGUUUUUCCAAAAUAUUUUGAAAAAAAAAUUCGAUGUAAUCGUUUUUAUCAUUUUUUUUUCUUUUUUUUUUUCCUCUGUUUCAUCACUUUCAUUAACACGGCCGACAACACAUAUUAAAUACGGGAGAUCAUCGAAAUUCGUGUACCGAUUGGUAGGACGUGAGACGAUCACUUUUCCUUGAUGAAUUUCGCGUCGGUUUAGGUUCACGUCGGUUCUCGUAUUUCAGGUCAAAUAGCGAUAGCAACGCAAUAAUACGUAAUCUCAUACUUGGUGGGAAGGAGGAUCGAUUGCCGAAUCGAUCGAUCGAUACGUUUAUAUUAUAUAGGUUUGAAUCGAAAAACAACGACAAAAAUUUCCGCGAGUCCACUAUGGAGACUCAGAGAGAGUGUGAACCGCGUUGCACAUAUCCAGUACGUAUGCACGAUCUCACGUAACUUUUCGUACGAUUGUUUUUCAAUGAAAUCAAAAUGGCCGUGCAGUCCAUUACCAAUUUUCGAAAAAAAAAAUGUCUUUCGCGACAGACAAAACACGUUCCGCGUACGUCGAAGAAAUUCGAUAACCAAAUAAUCGUCACGCGAUCAGAGCACCGUUUAAUUAAAAAGAGUCAUUGCGAUCCUAAUCGAAGAAUAAUGACGGCGAAACAACGACACGAUCCACUAGCUCAUAUUCGUUUAUUCAUUUACUUGUACAUUUAUUCGUUUUUCUCACAUGUAUUAUCACAACUAUUAUUAUUAUUGUUGCUGUUCUUAAUUAUUAUUAUCACCAUCGUACGUAUGCCGUCUGUACAUUUAUUUAUCAUUUUCUUCCCACCUACCUCGGGGUACCCUUGCAAAGCACGGCCCUGAAGUGGAAAUUUACAAUUUACAAAAAAAAAAAUGAUUUUCUUACAAAAAAAAAAAGGAGGAAAUCUUUGGGGUGGGACGUGUAAGAAUACGAGGUGGAGGGAGAAGGGAAAAAUAGUAUUAGAAAAAAUUUUUAAAAAAUAUACACUUUUUUUUUGCUUAUACGACAAACGCCGACUGGUACGCGGAAAUUUUUGUUCCGGUUUAAAUAAAAUUAGGAAACACGUGUACGUUUGUUAUUGCUUUAAUGUACGCGCACCGUAAUUACAUACAGUCGUAGUGUCUCCAAAAAGAAAAAAAAAAAUAUGAAGAAUUCAGAGAACACGCGAGGGGUUCGCAUAUGCUCGAGCACCGUUGGUAAAUUUAUGCCAUUUAAUUACGAUACGACCAUAGAAUCCAAAGGUGUUGCUAGAUAGAUAAUAAUAAUGAAAAUUGAUUUCAUUAGGAUAUCGUUAUGACGUUUCGAUGCCUAUAGCGUGAUAUGAUAAGACGUGCCUGCUACAUAAUGUACGUAGCUUAAAAGCUGUGACCGCCUUUAGUUUUAUAAGCGUCCUUAAUGUCGAAUUUUUUUUCAUUUUGUCGCGCGUUAACCAUUUUUUCACGUGACUCACAACAAAUCGAUAUUGACUGACAUCCUGACCACGUGGCUUGACCGUCAGACUGACGCAAAAAACGAACCAUUUUUUUUAAUCGUCCCCAGAGAAAUCACGUACAGGGUUGAUAGUUAUUUGAAAAAAAAAUACCGAUACAAAAAUCGAAUGGUAAAACAUACGAUUGCAGUCGGGAAAUCAGUCAAUAUGUGAUACACGUGUAUAAUCGGUAAAAGUCAGAAUAACGCAUGAUGGCUCAACAAGGAUAGUAAGCAAAGUGGCGGAAAAUAAGUGAAAUUUUUAAUAUUAGGGUAUCGCACGUUGCGGAGGAAAGGACGAUUGAGAGAAUGGGAAUGAAAAACGGGAUGGAAAAGAAAAAAAAAAUCAAGCGUUGAAACAAGAUAAAUAAUUAUUAGUAAUUAACGACGAGCGCUAGCGUAGUAGCUUCUAAGGUCAGCGCAUGCGCAGAGACGAGGACGUCUACGCAGGUUAUACAAAAUGCACCGCUGACGGACGUAUUUGCGUGAGACUCUUUUUUUUUUAAUUUUUCACAUUCUCAUCCGGAAGCGACACCCGUUCAGCGAGUUCUCAAGUGGCGGCGCUAGUAUCGCUCCCAAAGAAUUUCCGGUCCCUGUCAGUGAGACACGGAAGACUUCCGUAUACCGGAUGCAUCCGAAAAUUCGUUGAGACGCAGAGACAAAGAAAAAGAAAAGAGAAAAAAAGCAAAAUAAUAAUGAUGAAUAUCAUCGAUAAUAAUAAUAAAAUUACACGACGAAAUUAUACAGCGGACACACCAGAAAGUAGACGAUAGCGAAAUAAAUGCCGAUCGUAUUAAUUAAUUAAGUGACGUAACGUAGAUGGAGCUUGACUAUUAUAAGUUAAUAACGACACGUGCACACGAAAUAUACAUCUUGUUAUUUAUAAUAAAUGAGACGUGAAAGAGAAAAAAAAA